UUAAGAAAGAACUUAACCCUAAAUAUCAUUCUUCCCCCCUACGGCCGCAAGGCUUUCUUCCUUGUAUCCCUCCUAUCUCCUUCUCCUCCUUACUAUUACUCUUCAAAGUGCUUAACAAUUGGUGCUUUCAUUCUCUCGGACUCGUCACUAUGUCACCCGACUCGUCUGCUGACCUCACUCCUAUUCCGAAUUCUGGAACAGAAGACGUCGUGGCAGCAAUCCAACAUUUGGCCCUUGAAGUUCGCACAACGCGUCAGGAGUAUCGUGACCUAGCGCAGCGGCUUGAUCAAGUCUACUCUCUAUUGGAGUCUAAACCCUGGGAGGAUUCUCGCUCGAAAGGGAUAUUGGGGUCGCCACCGGAGCAUGCACGCCGGCCUCCCGUACCACCCCCAUUGGGCAGUUUCAACGUCGGAAAUUCGGGUCACGAUACCCAUGCGCCCAAAGUUCGUCUUGAUGCCCCUAAGUUUAACGGGACGGAUCCUGCGGNUUGGAUUUAUAAGGUACAAUCCUAUUUUGAUUACUUUCAAACGCCGGAGGAAACACGGUUACGCUUGGUUGGAUUGCUCUUCGAGAGUCCGGCUUCCGAUUGGUUUUUAUAUCAACACAAUAAUGGAUGUUUGCGUUCGUGGUCUACUUUCCUGACCGAGGUAAAACAAAGAUUUGAUCCCACUCAUUAUGAGGAUUAUAUGGGUCUCCUCUCCAAACUGCAGCAGCGGACAACGGUUAUGGACUAUCAGGCCGACUUCGAACGUCUCUUGAACAAGAUUACAGGGGUGCCGGAAAGUACGUUAAUCUCUAUUUUUGUCUCGGGAUUGAAGCCAUAUUUACGACGUGAGGUUAAUCUUCGUUGCCCCACUUCAUUGGGCCAGGCUUUUGCUCUUGCACGGGAGUUAGCGGCCAAUCACACGGAUACAGUCUCUUCUCUGGCCACAAGCAUGAAGAAAUUUGGUUCAUACAUGCCCUCGACCAGUCCUUCACCUGAGCCUGCAAAACCCUUGGGUGAACAAGCUUCGGGUACAGGGGUUUCGGCGGCAUUAAAAAACCCAUCUACGGCAUUACCAAUUCGGCGUUUCACUCCUAGCGAGCGGGCGGACAGAUCGGCAAAGGGUUUGUGUUGGAAUUGUGAUGAAAAGUACACCCCGGGUCAUCACUGUAAGCAUCGUUUUUUAGCACUGUUGGACACCGAGGAGCCACAAUUCGAGCCUUCUCCGGAGGCGUCCGAGGAGGAUAAUUUGCUCGUCACUGCUGAUGUUUCAAGUCUACAUGCAUUGGCCGGUGCAUCGCACCCACGAACAUUGCAUCUCCAGGGCGUACUCGCGGGUCGUAAAGUUCGGAUUUUGGUUGACGGGGGUAGCACUCACAACUUCAUCCAACCUUGUUUAGUGGAACACCUUCGUUUACCAGAUAUUGAGGAUACGGCAGUGGCGGAGCAUGUAGAUGCGGAGGAACAUGAGGAGAUGCCGCGAAGGUCGGGCCGGGUGUCCAAACCACCGGCCCGGUACAAGGAUUACGUUUAAAUAAUAUUUCUUUUUAAUAUUUAUUGUAUUUUAGAUUUUCAUUAGGUGAGCGUAUUAUAAGCUCCUUCGAGGGUUUCUUUUCGGUUCUUUACCUCGAUGCUUUUCUUGAACCGACAGGUUAGAUAAUUUAGUUUUAGGGUUUCAUCUCGUAUCCUUAUAUAUUGAGAUGUAAGUUUUUUGAGAAGGAUAAUUAAGAAAGAACUUAACCCUAA